GGAGGAGCAGGAGGAGGAGGAGGAGAAGGAGGAGGAGGAGAAGGAGGAGGAGGAUGGGGGAGCAGCCAAAGGACUGCGAGGCGGGGGUCGCCGAGCCCUGGCUGUCCAAGUGGGAGCGCCAGUGUCUGGCCGAGGCCGAGCAGGAGGAGCGGCUGCCCCCGGAGCUGCAGGACGAGGCGGCUGCCGACGCGGCGGGGCUCAAGAUCGAGCGGCAGAGGCUCUGGCACCUCUUCCAGAUCUCAGCCGCCGCCGUGGCCCAGCUCUACAAGGAUUCCGGGUGCCAACAGCCAGGACUGUCUAUGUGGGACCCCUUCCAGAACGCGGCCAUGGCCGUGACCAGCCUCUACAAAGAGAGUGGGGAUGCCUACCAACGAAGUUUUGAGCUGGGCGUCCAGGUUGGCUACCAGCGUCGCAUCAGAGAUGUGCUGGAGUGGGUGAAGAAGGGCAGGAGCAUCAUUCGCAGAGAAGACCUCAUAAGCUUCCUGUGCGGCAAAGCGCCCCCCGCCGCUCCCCCGCUGCGCACCUCCAGGACAACCCCAAAGCCGCCCACUGGGGCCGCGAGUCAAGCUUCUGCCGCCGAGUCCAGUUCACCGGUGGACGUCGACCUGCAGCCCUUCCACGAGGCUAUUUCCCUGCAUGGUCUCAGUGGCGCCAUGGCAAGCAUCAGUGUGCAGUCUGGCCCUCCUGGUUCCCCGUCUCAUGAUGGAGGUGUUGCCAGCAGUGGGCGUCGAAAAAGUACCUUCCUUGAGGAUGAUCUGAAUCCCUUGGGCUCAGAAGAACUGGCCCUCCGCCUGGACACUGGAGGGAUCCGCAAGCGCACCUCCGCCCAGUUUGAUGAUGGCACCAUAGACUCCCCAUCUCACAAGCGCAACCGAAUGGUCUAAACUGCCUCCUUGGCUGGUCACCACCCAUUACCGCAUUGCUUGACAGCCAACUUGACACUUCAACAUGCUUGUUGAAAGAGACCAUUGCUCUUCCUUCUAAGUUAAUCAAAUAGUUCUAUCAGGUUUACCAUGAAGAAACUUUAAAAGUGUUCUAGAAAAGGCCUUGUAUGACUCUGACUUUCCAAAAAUAUACAGUUCUAUUAGACAAUAUGAUAUAUCACAUAGUUAGCAAGAUCAUUUAAACUUUAAAGCAAAAAUAUCCAGUGAGGGCGGGAGCCUGGUUUAUCUUGUUCAAGUUGUAUUUCUUAGCACCUAGUACAGUUGCUGGUGCUCAAU